AUGCCACCAAAAAACGCUCUCGCUGACGCCUGGGAUGAUGACUGGGAAUCUCUCGCCGACAAAGAAGAGGAAAAGCCAGCCGAAGAGCAACCGAAGCCAAAACUCACAAAGGCACAACUCAAAGCCCAGCAUGCUGAAUUCAACAAGCAGCUUUGGCAAGCCGCCGAAAACCCGGAGCCUCAAUGGUACCCCGAAGUACGCCCUGCACCCGCCGCAGCAACCUUCAAACCAAAAGUCACAAUGCUCGCCCGCAAGCCCUCCCCCCAGGUUCUUUCUCGGAACAUGGCAGGUAUGAGCCUCGAAGACGACGACAGCGAAGAAGAACGCAAAAAGAAGGCCGAAGCAGAUUUCGAAGAGCGUAAAGCACGUGCGCAGAGGGAACGAGCAGAGAAGGAGCGAAAGUAUGCUGAAGCGCGUGAACGCAUCUUUGGCUCGCCAGCUGCCUCAGCUGCAGAGGACUCGCGCAACAACUCCCCGAACAGGCCCACAAGAGGAAAAGGCCGAGGACGUGGUGGCAAGGACAGUCAGCCUAGAUCGAGCAACGAGCAAUCCCCCGCACGAGCAGCAGCUCCUGCACGCCAGCUCUUCGACCCAAGCUACACUCCGAAGCCUGGCUCAAUGCAUGGCCAGAAGAAGGAGUCUGGUAUCAGUCGUCCAUCAACGCCGGGUACACAAGAGAAGCCAGUCCGCCAACCCCAAGGGCCUGCACGAGGCGGUGGACGGGGUUUUGGACCCAGAGGAGGUUAUGGAGGUGUUCAAGCAGGCCCGUCGACAUGA